AAUGAAAAAUAUAUGAAAAAACGUAUUUUUAUUAUGUAUUUUUAUUAUGUUGUUUAAAAGUAGAAAAAUAUGUCAAUUAUUAAUAAAUAGAAAGUUAAAUACAUUUCGGGUCUGUAUUAUUGGAUCAGGCCCAGCAGGGUUUUAUACAGCAGAUAAAUUGCUAGGAAAUGUAUCAGGAUGUUUUGUAGAUAUGUAUGAGGCAUUUCCAUUUCCUUUUGGAUUGCUACGUUUGGGAGUAGCACCAGAUAAUUUUGAAAUAAAAAAUGUUAAGAAUAAGUUUUCAAAGAUUGCAGAAUAUGAUGGAUUUCGUUUUAUUGGAAAUGUUCGUAUUGGAAAGGAUAUAUCAUUAAUUGAGCUUAAACGUCAUUAUGAUUGUUUAGUUAUGGCUUAUGGAGCAUCAGAAGACCGUAAAUUGGGGCUAGAAUUAGAAAAUAGUCUUAGAGGAAUAUAUUCUGCUCAAUCGUUUGUAGGAUGGUAUAAUGGAGAUUUUAGAUAUCAGGAAUUGAAUCCAGAUUUGGAAUCGAGUGAUGUAGCAGUUAUUAUUGGACAUGGAAAUGUGGCACUAGAUAUUGCAAGAAUUUUGCUUAGUGAAGCUAAUAUUCUUUCAAAAACAGAUAUUACUGAAAGGGCGUUAGAGACACUUAGAAAAAGUAAAAUUAGACAUGUAAAAAUUAUUGGACGUAGAGGUCCAUUAGAGAUGUCUUUUACUAUAGGAGAGGUUCGAAAGCUUAUGGAAUUAUCAAACGUAUCCUUUUGUACACCAAAUUUAGAUUCAUAUAUUAGUGAAUAUGUAUUACCUGAAAAUCUUACACGAUCUCAAAAACGACUUUUUGAUCUUUUAAUGGAAAAAAAUACUUUAAAGCCUGAUAUUACUAAUAAAUCAUGGUCUCUUGAAUUUUUACUUUCUCCAUAUCAAUUUAAAAAAGAUGAAUCAAAAUUAAAUACUUUAUCAAGUGUAUUAUUUGAAAAAAAUAUACUUAAAAAAUGUCCUAAUGAAAACAUAUUAAAAGCUAUUGGUAUUGGAGAAAUGGUUAAUAUAAAUACCAGUUGUUUGAUCCGUAGUAUUGGAUAUAAAGGUAUAGCGAUUGAAAAUUGCGGUGAUAUUAGUAUUCCUUUUGAUAACAAUAGAGGAAUUAUUCCUAAUAUUUGUGGAAGAGUUUUAUCAAAUAGCAACAGAGAAAUUGCUUAUGAGCUUCCUGGAAUAUAUACAAGUGGUUGGAUAAAAACUGGGCCUGUAGGCGUGAUAGCAAAUACUAUGCAUGGUGCUUUUGAGACUGCUAAUUCUAUUAUUCAAGAUUGGAAAAAUAAAAAACCGUUUUUAAAUUCUACUAGUAAUGAGCCUAGACAUGGAUUUAACGCUCUUUUGCCUUAUUUUAAAGAAAAAGGUAUUCGAUUUAUUCAAUGGAAAGAUUGGAAAAAGCUUGAGGAUUUAGAAUAUAAAAAAGGAAAAGAAUUAGGAAAAUUCAGAGAAAAAUUUGUAUCAAUUAAUGAAAUACUUAAAAUUUUGGAAUAAUAUUAAAAACUACUAUUGGAUUUUCCAUUAGGAGUAUCUUAUAAAC